AUGGCGACCAAGCGCUACUGCCUCUGGGGCGGCGACACGCACGCCACCUCCCUCGCGGCCUUGAACUCCGGCGAAGGGAUCUUCAAGUCCAGCGCUCUGGAGACGGCGGCGGCGGCGGCGGCCACUGCGACAGCCGCGUCGGACACGGCGCUGGUCUCGCCGGAGCUCGGCGCCGCGGCGGUGGCGCGGCCGCGUCUGCGCAAGGACUCCUCCGGGUCCGGGAAGAAGAAGCAGCAACAGCAGGAGCAGGCGGCUGGUGGUGCCGGGGCCAAGAAGCCGCCGCAGCGCGGGCUCGGCGUGGCGGAGCUCGAGCGGCUCCGGUGCGGGGGCGACCCGCUGCUCGAGCUCUCCGUCGUCGUCGGGGACGCUGCGGGCGCGCAGGGGCAGGGCGGUCACCCGCUGCUCCACUAUCACCACCACCGCCACCUGCAGAUGCCGGCCUCGGCGUUCGAAGCCGCCGCAGGCGCGCGCUUCUGCUCGCAGCUGCUGGGCCCGGUGCCUCCGCCGCCGCCAUCGGGCCCAGUCUGCGUCCUCCACCCACCCGCGGCGGAAGGCUGCCAGAGGGCGCCCCAAGUGGCGCCAGAGCAGCAGUACUUCAGGGACCGGUGGAGCCAAAUGGGAGGCUUCUCCACGGCGGGCGGUGGCGCUGACCACCAGUCCCAGUCCCAGCUGCUGCCGGCGACACUGGCGCCAGAGCACCCUUCAAGCCAAAGCACCAUCUGGCGUCCUGUUGUGUCCUCCUCCUCCUGCCUCCACACCGGCCACCGCUGCGACAUCUGCUCCAGGGUAAAGCCGGCAAGGAUGAGAGCCUUGGCAGAGAAUGGAGGAGCACUGGCACCGACGCCUCCUGCAGACUACUCCAUCUACGAUCUUGCCACAGCCAUGGCCACCGCUCGCCAGGGAGACGCGUUCUUGGCGCGGGAGAGGAAGCAAGGAGCGGCGGAGGACGAGGCGCCGGCGAAGAAGGAUGUGAGGGAGAUCGAGUUCUUCCCGGCGGCAAGCGCGCACCACACUGGCGGGAGCGGCCGAGUCUCCGUCCCCAACCCCAACGAGUCGGAGUCGGAGCUCACGGCGCCCUUCUCCUCCCCGUACGGCGCCGCCGCCAGCCACACCGCACCGCAGCUUGAUCUGUCACUGAGGCUGUAGGGUUCGAUCGAUCGUUGUGCCUGCUCCGCAUUGUAGGGUUUUAGCUUUUGUGUGGUGUUGUUGCUUUAGAUUGGUCAUCAUGUGCUAUUUAGAUCAAUGGGUUUAAUCUUGGGGUUUUGAAUUCUAGACACUUCGCAGUUCUGUUGCAUUGCUGCUCGAUCUUUUUACUUUGCUGAUGAAAUGCUACCGUGUAUUUGUGAACAAGAGAUCGAUCAGAAUCAGAU